AUGCCUGUAGAUCUGUCUCUCUACUUGGUCACGGAUUCAACUCCGGCCAUUCUCAAGGGGCGCGAUUUAUGUACAGUUGUAGAAAAUGCUCUGCAAGGGGGCGUGACGGUAGUGCAAUACCGGGACAAAACCAACGACACUGGUCUCCUAGUAGAAACCGCCCGGAAAAUACACCAGGUAACCAAGAAAUACAAUGUGCCCCUUUUGAUCAAUGACCGGGUUGAUGUGGCUCUUGCUAUUGGUGCCGAGGGCGUGCAUCUAGGUCAAGAUGACAUGAGCUUCGCGGAAGCAAAGAAACUUCUUCCCAAGAACUCCAUUAUUGGAAUCAGUACAUCCUCUGUCAAGGAGGCUAAAAAGGCAGCUGCAGAUGGCGCUGACUAUAUUGGAAUUGGUACCAUGUUUGCCACCCCCACCAAAACCAAUACCAAGUCAGUCAUUGGGACGGCAGGUACUCAAGUUAUCCUGGACUCCAUUAAGAAUUCCGCAAUAGGCACUGUUUCCAUCGGUGGCAUCAAUCACUCCAACGUGCAAAGAGUGCUCUAUCAGUCGCAGUCGCCAAAGAAAGCCCUAGAUGGAGUGGCCAUUGUCAGCGCCAUCGUGGCAGCCGAUGACCCUAAAGCAUCUGCUGAGCAAUUCGUCCAGCUGAUCCGAAACCCUCCACGCUUUGCGCAGGCUUCCAGUCCUCCUCGCGCUAACGAAGCAGAGAUCUUGUUGAAUGAAGUGCCCCAAAUUAUCCGUAAGAUGGUAGAGGUACAUCCCCUCGUACAUAACAUGAUCAACUUCGUUGUUUCAAACUUCGUGGCCAACGUUGCCCUUUCCAUUGGCGCAUCUCCGAUCAUGUCUCCAUAUGGUGAUGAAGCCACGGAUCUGUGCAAGCUUGAUGGCGCCCUGUUGAUCAACAUGGGUACACUGACCAGCGAGAGUGUUCCAAACUACCUAAAAGCCAUCAAAGCAUACAAUGAGCGGGGCAACCCAGUGGUCUACGACCCAGUCGGUGCGGCUGCGACACACAUUCGCCGCAACACGGUGACUCAACUUAUGUCCGGGGGCUACUUCGAUCUCAUUAAAGGAAAUGAGGGCGAGAUUCGCCAAGUUUGGGGUAGCUGUGCUGUCCAGCAGCGCGGUGUUGACAGUGGACCAAGUACCCUUGACGACAAUCAAAAAGCCACAUUGGCUCGUGACCUGGCUCGCAGGGAGAGAAAUGUCGUCCUACUAACCGGAGCAACCGACUAUCUCAGCGAUGGCGAACGGGUCAUUGCUGUUGAGAACGGCCACCCAUACCUGGGCCAAGUAACCGGGACCGGUUGUGCCAUCGGAACAAUCUCCGGUUGCUUCUUAGCUGCCCACCGCUCCGACAGACUUCUCGCAGUGCUGUCUGGAAUUCUCAUGUACGAGAUCGCAGCGGAAAAUGCAGCGGCAAAAGAGUAUGUUCGAGGCCCAGGCAGCUUCGUUCCGGCGUUCGUCGACGAGCUUUAUGCUAUCCGCACAGCUGCAGCAAACGGUGACGACAGCUGGUUUGCUGGCCGGGCCAAGGUGCAUGAGGUGAAGCUUUAG